CUAAAGAUAAGUGAAUAUAUGUAUACAUGUAAUUAAAGAUAAGUGCAUGAUCAAACUUUUGACCACUGUAGAAGUGGAACUUUAAAUAUGACAGGUGGAUUUUGGUUUUCAUUAAUGGGUUCCAUUCUGCUAUUUUUGCAAAAGGUGAAUGGAAAUGGUUUGGAUACUUUAGGAAAGGAUUUUAAGAUACAGUUUUAUGAUGCCGAUGGUAAUUACACUGAUACUGGGUUUGUCGAAUAUUCAGACAACAAUUCACAGAGGAACAGAAGAGCAAGUUUAAGGCCAGGAAACGCCACUUCAACUAAUAGUUGCGAUCAUGUGCGAGGAGUUCCGAGGGAAUUGAGAAGCUCGUCGGUUAUGAAGCCGCACGGAAUAGCGAUAUUUUACCAGAAAUAUACAGAAGCAUAUGGCAUACCAAUUUUAUCAUCCUGGAAUGUAAAUGAUGAUGCCUUGAAGAGAGCUUGUUAUAUAACACGGUUUAUCUUUGCUGAUAAUUAUGCCGUGCGAAACUCCUUUUACCAGAGAUCUGGACGUUCAGCUGUAAUAGGAGUACAUGAAGGUACAACUAGUAUACCGGAAUACAGUCAUAGGGAUCCCUCUUUCUCGGACAAUAGAGCACACGGGCCUGGGGCUACUGAUUCUGCACCAGUUUCUACAGGUGGUGAAGAAAAUUUGUUGUGUUUGCAAAAUGACCGUUAUCAUAGUGGAGAUAUAUAUUUACAUGAAUUUGCUUUUGGUGUGGCAAAUCUUGGUGCUAGAUAUGGUAUAAGUGGUUGGUUUCAAAGAUUAGAAAAUCAGUAUAAAAUAGCAAAACAACAGGGUCUUUUGGAUAAUAAUAAUGCUAUUACUAAUGGUGUUAAAUUUUUCGCUGCAGGCGUGCAAAGCUACUUUAAUAUUAUUGACUUCGGUGCAACAUCAAAUGGGACGAUAAGCUCAAAAGACAAGCUACGAACAUAUGAUCCUGCACUCUAUCAGCUGAUUGAAGAAGUAUGGCCCUGUCAUAAUAUUUACCUCAAAAGAUGUGUAGCAAGUAGAGCACAAGAACAACAGCAGAAUUUACGUACAAACUGUCAGGGUUCCACUGGCAACGGAGACGGCGGAGGAAGUUGUAAGGACAAUCAUCCAAACUGUCAUUAUUGGGCUAUUUCUUGAGAAUGUUCAAAGAAUUCAGAAUAUAUGCGUGUAACUUGCAAACACAGCUGUAAUACAUGCAGCGGACAAGGUGGCACUUUAUGCACUGAUAGCAAUCAGGGUUGUCACGAUUGGGCUGCAAAUGGAGAAUGUUAUAAAACCCCAGUUUAUAUGAAAGCAUAUUGCAUAAAGAGCUGCAACCUUUGUUAAGUGCAGCAUAAAUAUAAUAAACUAUGAAUGUUUUGCAUGGUAACACUAUCUUUAUUUUUCUGAGUAAACUAAGUUGAACAUAUUCUAGCCAGUCGCAUCGUCUUGAACAUGAGUAUAUGGUUUGUCAUAACAGUGUCUUUUGAUUUUUUCUCAAAUCCAUGU